CGACCCCGACAUAUCUGUAAAAUACAGUGCCGAAAUGAGCUCACUGACGAACCCCGGCGGCUGUCUUCUUUGCCGUGUCCAAGCUACAUGCGUAAUUAGCACGGCGACGAGAAAUGUUGGGGGUAGAGACCUGUAUAAAUCUACAAGAAACGAUGCGACACAAGUCGUCAACGCAAUUCAUAGUUUCCGCAGAUACUCUUCUUAGGCGUGAUGCAAUCUCCUAGGGUUCUUAUUGUUGGAUCGGGGCCUGCAGGUCUUAUUCUCUCCCUAUCACUCUUGAAGAACGGGAUACCGGUUCGGAUUAUUGAGAAAGAUGCACAACAUCAUAGUGGUGAACGUGGUUGCGGAAUAAUGCCACGCACGCUCGAAAUCGAGCAUUUUCUUGGAGCUGGAGACGAAGUCCGAAGAACUGGGGCUUAUCCACCAAUGAUUCACAUUUUCGACCCGAAAGACCCUUACCGCAUCAUACAGUCUUCUAAAAUGAUGGAAGACAUCGAACCAACACCUGCUUUCCCAAUUACACGACCUGCGGUUCUUGGCCAAUGGCUCCAUCAAGCGAUACUUCGCAAGCAUAUUAAAGCUCUUGGCGGAAAAGUCGAACUAGGAUCUGCUUUUAUUGGCUGCACACAAGACGAGAAUGGUAUGACGGCAGAGAUUCGCAAAAUCAUAGAUGGUAUUGAACAUACAGAGAAGGCACGAUUCGAAUACGUCGUGGGCGCAGACGGUGGUCGAAGUGCUGUGCGAAAAGCUAUGGGUGUCAAUUUCCGUGGGGAGUCGCGUGAAGAAGGAAUGAUGCACCUCGUUGAUGCCCGUAUAGAAGGCCUUGAUAUAGACACGGACAUUCGUCUUUGGGGUAAUCAGAGCAUUGCAAUAGCGGCUCUCAGGCAAACGGUACUCCCUGGUCUAUUCCAGAUGAGCUUUUCCGGUCCCGAGGCGAGAUUCAGCUUCCUUAAAGAGCACCACGACCCGCAAGCAAUUCAGGACGAACUACACAGGAUCACGAGUCGCACUGAUCUCCGGGUCACUGAAGUUACUUGGCAUGGCGAAUGGAAGCCGAAUAUCCGCAUGGUGGAUCAUUUCCAGGUUGGACGGGUGUUUACCAUUGGUGACGCUGCACAUACACAUUCUCCAACAGGAGGGCAGGGAAUGAACUCCAGUGUACAAGAUGCUUUCAACCUUGGCUGGAAACUCGCACUAUCAAUCAAAGGAAGCGCAUCGCCAUGCUUGUUGGAAUCCUUUGAAGGCGAGCGCUUGCCAGUGAUCGCGGAGAUGCUCAAGCUCUCGACCGACUUGCUCGAUCGCUUCGUCCAGUCUGGUACCGAUUCUAGGGCAGCCGUCCAAGAAGUGUCCGAGAGACGGCCUCACGAUGUGAGAGAAGAAGACGAAGUGUGGUUCCGUGGUCGGAAACUUUAUCAACUCGACUUGCACUACCGCUGGAGUCCGAUUGUCGUUGAUGAGAGAAUCUUACACCCUAAUCCGGGUUCUAUGGACGUCUACGGCGUGAUGACUAGCGAGAGAAGAGCUGGAGACCGUGCUCCCGACGCACCAUCUCUAGUUAGAGCAAACGCUCCAGGCCGACUUUUUGACAUAUUCAACCCGGCAAUGCACACAGUGUUGUUGUUUGUGACAGAUCAAUCUCUACUUGGGCAGGCACGCGCGAUCAUAGCUCCAUUUUCCUUGAUUGAUUCGGAGUUGAUACAGAAGGUGCUCGUACUCACUUCAGGCGUGGACGCAUCGAGUAAGACAGUCAGUGACAUGACGUACGUUGUUGUGGACUCGGAAGGACACGCAUUCGCUAAUUAUGGGGUGGACCCAUCGGAUCGUUCGCCAACGGUUGUUGUUAUACGACCUGAUGCAAUGAUUGGGGCAUUCCUUAAGACGGAGGCAGGCACAAACAAGUAUCUUUCUUCCGUGUUUGGAAUAUGCCCGUAAUUCUCAACACUAUCUUGUUUAGUCGAGUUACACUUUCGUUAUUUGGAUAGAAUCCCAACUCUGCUGUUUU